UUAAGGCAUUGGCCCCAUUCAUCAAAUUCAUAUAAACCACACCAUUAUAUCACUUCUUUUUGUGCUCUCUCUCUCUCUCUCUCAAAACUUUUUUUUUAUGUUUUUUGGGGUUUCAUCAUCAUUAUUGUGAGAAGAAGCAUAAGAAUAUCAGAGAGAUUUUACUUUAAUUCUAGAGGGGUUUUAAUUUCUUGGGUGAAAAAUGGGCAGAAAGUGUUCACAUUGUGGCAACAUAGGCCACAAUUCAAGAACUUGCUCAAAUUUCAGACCCUCAAACAACAAUUUUGUUGCUGCUACUGCUACUUCUGGCCCUCCCAUCAGGCUAUUUGGAGUUCAUCUUGAUCCUUCUUCUUCUUCUUCUUCUAAUUAUUCUUCUUCUCCCAAUCAUAAUUUCGCCAUUAAAAAGAGCUUCAGCACUGAUUGCUUGUCUUUGCCUUCUUCUUCUCCUCCUUCUUCUUCCUCCUCUUUCUCGUCGUCUCGAAUUCACGUCGACGCCGACGAUACGAAACCCCCCAUCAAUGGCUAUCUCUCUGAUGGCCUCCUCACUAGAGAGCAGGACAGGAAGAAAGGGGUUCCAUGGACUGAAGAGGAGCAUAGAAUAUUUCUAAUUGGGCUUGAAAAGCUUGGGAGAGGAGAUUGGAGAGGCAUCUCUAGAAAUUAUGUCACCACUAGAACUCCAACUCAAGUUGCAAGCCAUGCUCAGAAAUAUUUCCUUAGGCAAUCCACAAUCAACAAAAAGAAUAGGCGUUCAAGCCUCUUUGACAUGGUGGGAAGGACCAAAGCAUGUGAUAAAACAACGACCACAGCCUCAACAACAACAGCUAAUUUCUCUCAAUGUCUGAAGCUAUCUUCGAACUCACAAGAAUUGUCGAAGAAUAAGGAUGAUCGUCAGCUGACUUUGCCUCUUUUGGAUAGAACCACUAGUUUUGGAAGUGCUUAUAAUUAUAUGGAAGUGAUUAACAAGAAGUUAGAUGAUCAAUUAAUGGCAGAUGCUGCUGCUGCUGCUUCUUCUUCUUCUGGAGUUUGGAUUUAUGGAUUGAUUGAUGAUUCACAGCUGAAAUGUUCUUCUUCUCCAAAAAAACCAAAUUCUUAUUGUUCUUCUUCAACUAAUUCUUCUGCAGCAGCUGGGCCAGAUCUUGAGCUCACUUUGGCAGCUCCUUCAAUGGCUUCUAAUUUGGAACAAAAUAGCAAAAAGGCACCCCCAGGUUCCCUCCUUGUUGGCCCAAUUAGUGUUACCUAAUUAUUAUUAAUUUUAUCAACAAAACCCCAAAAUCAUAUCAUCAUCAUCAUCAAUCACAAAACUAUUCAAUAUUCCUCCCCCUUUUUCCCUUGAAAGAAAUAAAAAACAGACAUAUAUUUGAUCGUC